CCGACAGCGGACAGAUGACAUCGAAAAAAAUGUCAGUCAGAGUCACAGAAAUCACAUCACAGACCAAAUUAAAUUAUUUGUUUAACUUAUUUUAUACAAUUAAAAGAUUGACUGUGAAUUGCUGAGAAGAACUGUGAUUUUGAAAGUGAUUUAUCUGAAAAGUGAACAAAAUCAAAAACGCAAAUUAUUUUUAAAGAAAGAAAGAAAUCAUCAUAAUUGUCUGGUCCCUAGAAAGAUUCAAAAAAUUGAGAAUUAAUUACAUUACUAUGUGAAUAUAUGUGUACCUAUAUUUUAUAAAGAUCGCUAACUUAUCUACUAGACUAUGAAUACUGCAGCGUUUGGGCUGCAAAACAUAAUUUCGCUAGCAUCACGCGAAAGAUGUAUGGCGAAUUUGAAAAAGUUUCGUGUGCCUUCAAUGAACAAAACAGGAAACCCGCCUUCUGCGACCGCUGCAGUUUUAAUACCUCUUUGCAACGUUAAAGAUCAAACCUCUAUACUUUAUACUGUGAGAGCUACGAAUUUGAGAAGUGAUAGUGGACAUAUAUCAUUUCCCGGUGGGAAAACAGACAGAAGUGAGUCACCUAUUGAAACUGCAUUACGAGAAACCCAAGAAGAAAUAGGAUUAUCACCAAGCAGAAUAGAUAUAUGGGGCUCUUGUGAGCCAGUGCCAGGUAGAAAAAACAAAAUAAUGAUCUCACCAGUAAUAGGUUUUAUUCAAGACCUACAAGAAUCUGACUUGUGUUUGAAUAGAAGUGAAGUAAGCGAAGUAUUUGCGGCUCCUUUAGAAAUACUGUGUGAUCCAAAAAAUCAAUUUUACACACAAUUUAAAAAUGGUUAUAUUCUUCCAGUGUUUGCUGUCAAGGAGUUCAAGAUUUGGGGUGUCACUGCUUACAUGACACAUGUUUUCUUAAGUUGCUUAUUGCCAAAGAAUAUUUAUAGAAAUGAUUGGAUGAGGAAAAAAAUUGUUAUUCAAAACUGAUAUCAGUUUACUGUAUUUUUACAAUGAAUAU